GGCAAUAACUAUACCGUAUGAGUUGCGAGAUAACAUUAGUGGUAUUAAAUAUUACUACUUAAUAUUUUAUCGCCUGAUUCGUUGUGUUUGUGUUAGUGAAACUGUUUAUGUUCUUCCUGUUACCAUAGUUGGACGUUCAUAUACGUUAAAUUUUAGAGUAUAUUAAAUUAAUUUAAUAAUUACUAGAAAUAUAUUAGUGAAAUGUCUGUAGUUCUUCCACCAGUUCCUUCUGCUUUGAAAUCGAUUCAGCCGCUUCUUAAAAUAGCAUCUGAACAUGACAAGAGAAAUCCAGUUAUAUCAUAUUGGUGUCGUUUACAUGCUCUGCAGACAGGACUGAAAAUUGACAAGAAAUCAAAAGAGAGUGUUACUCUUUUAACAGCAUUGAUGGACUGGUUGGAAAAAGAGAAAAAAGCUAAGCGUGAUAAUGAGGCCAUUUCAAAUGAUGUUGUUGCACAAGCUCACAUUGAAGAUCAUGCUCUAAAAUUAUUCAUGUGGGCAGAUGGAGAAGACAGAGCUGAAAGAUUUAACAAGAAUGUCGUAAAGUCAUUUUUUACUGCUGCAAUUCUUUUUGACAUCUUGACUACUUUUGGAGAAAUAAAUGAAGAGGUAGCACAUCAUAGAAAGUAUGCCAAGUGGAAAGCUACAUAUAUUCACAACUGUUUAAAGAAUGGAGAAAUUCCACUUCCUGGUCCAGCAGGAAAUGAAGAUUUAGGAUAUGGUAAUGAAGAUUUCACACAAUCAAACCCAAAUUUUGAAAGUCAACCGACAACUCUCACUAUGAGUAACCACCUUCCUCAGAAUUCGUAUUCUGAUCAACCUUAUCCAACAACACCAAGUGGACCUUCUAGUCUGCCAACCUCCCUAGUCCCUCCACCAGCAGGGAUUUCUCCAUCUUCAGGUGUUCAUGCUCCUCCUUCAACACCAAGUGGCUCCUCCCAACCUUCUCCAACCUCUUCAUCAACUUACAUUCCACCUGUAGCAUCAAGUGGUGUAGUCUUAAAGCCUGAACACUUUCACAAGGCUCAAAAAUACUGCAAGUGGGCUGGAAGUGCUCUUCAAUAUGAGGAUGUAGCAACAGCCAUCAGUAACUUGCAAAAAGCUUUGACCCUACUGACCACCGGUCAAGAUGAAUAAUAUCACAUUUGGAAAAUAUAUGUGAUUAUUGAUAUCAAGUAUCGUAGUAAGAUUUGUAUUUCUUUAUGCUUUUUUGUGUAUGUAUGUUAAGUUUAUCAUAAUCAUAAUGAUGAUUAAUUCAAGAGGUACAUUCUAAAAUUAUUCUUUAAUAAUAUUAUAUUUUAAAGAGAAUAAUGAAAAUAACUAGUAGAACUUGAAGCAAACUGCAAGCCGUUAUGACUUGUGAUAAGUGUAGUUUAAAAUCGGUUAUAUAUAGUUCAAAGAAUGUAAUGUAAAUUCAUAUAAAAAAUAAAUUCUGAACAAUUAUGCCCACUUAAAAAUUAAUGAAGAACCUUGGACAAAAUGCUUUUACUUGUUAUCUUGACAUAUCAUAGUAACAGGAGGAACCAAGAAACCAAAUACAUAUUUUUUGAAAGUAUGUAUUAAAAUAUAGAAUUUUUUAUAAUUAAUAAAUAACAAUUUAAAGAUUUUCAGUUGUAAACUUCAAAAACAAAAGUUUUUAAAAAUAUAUUGCUAGGUCAAAAUUAAGUAAAACUUAAAUUUGAUUUCUUUAUCCAUCAAUAAGUCACAUUUUAUUUUCACGUGUAAUAAGGGACUUUCUCAACUUUCAUUUGAUAGAGGGUUUUUCUUUCAUAUAGCAGCAUAUGAUUAGUUUCUCCGAUUUACUAUGUAUCUUCAAAUUUCCAAAGUUGGAACGUAUUGUUGUUGUUGUUUUUUUAAUAUUAAUUUUUAACCAUUUUAGUUAGUAUUAAUAAAGAUGUAUUUGUUAGUGUCUUAGCAACUGUUUUAUAUUUCUCUAGCAUUAGACCCAAAAUUUCCAUCUUUACAGAUCAUUAUAAGUUGAGUCUGUUUUUUGUUGUUGUUGCUAACUUUUGUAAUCAUGGUUUUUUGUUUAAUAAUGUUGCUUAGUGAUGUGAUGAAAACUAUUGGUGAAAAAAAUGUAUAACUUGUCUCCAGAGACUACAUAUAGGUAGUUGAUACUGGGUUUUUUUGGGGUAAAAUUUAAGUUGAAUUAUUUCAGAUGUAAAUAAAGAGUAAUACAUAUAUAAGAAAAUAUUUCACUGUUGUAUCAGCUGCAUACAGUCAAUCACAUAAAGUAAAAGUUUAAGGUAUGAAAUGGUUCAGUAAUUUCUUUUAAUGCAAAAACUUCUUGUUGUAUACUAUAAUUGAGUUGCAAAGUAAAGUGUCCAAAAGGUAUUAUUGUAGCCUUUGUAACAUUUUGUAGUUGUUUUGUCAUGGAAUGUAUAUCAAUUUUUCUUGGUUCAAACAUAUUUUUUUCUUCUACUAGAACUGUAUGAUGAACUGACCAAACAUAGAAUGGAAGUCUGGAAAACCUUUGUUUAUCUUACUAUAUUGUUUAUAUGUCCAUAGCAAAAAACAGUCAAUCAGACAACCAUACUUUAUAGGCUUACAGACAAUGUCACAACAUAUCUUAUAGAAACUUGUAAUACCAGUAACAGACAUGACUUAUAUGAAAUAAAGUCAUUGAUUAUAAUAUAAAAACUAAUGUAAGUUGCUCAUAUAUCGAGCUAGUACUAAAACUGAUGGCCACCUCUCUUUGUAUUUAAUGAUGCAUGGCCAUCAUUUCUCAAUUAUAUCUAAAAUAUUGAAGGUAUUUAAAAAUGCAGCAAAUCCUAAUCCUGUGGUGUUACUCUUAUACAUAAUUAAAAUGUUCUGGAAUACCUCGUGUUAGUAAAAAGACAAGAACUAACAUCUCGAUAAAUUCAACAGAAUACCAUGGAUUUCAUAAUCCAACCACCUGAAUAUAUCUUAAUCCUUGAGAUAGCUAACAUGAGAAAUAAUUUGUUGCAUAAAAAAUUUGUGCCUAUAAUUGUAGGUGCUAGGUAAAUAGUUCUUUCAUUAAAGAUGUUGUGUUAUAAACUUCUGACAUGGCGUAACAGAAAAUAAGUGGCUUCCUUUCAAAAGUGUGUUAUUCAAUAAAAUUUGUAAGUCUGUGGAUAAUAGUUCUGCAAAAUAAAAAUAAAAGGAUUUUAUUUUACUCGGUAAUUAAUUUAGUUUUUUUUCAUGUUUUUGCAAAGGUUUGUGAAGACUUGACAAUGAUUGAUGUGUUUAUAUUCAUUUCUGAUAUAUGUGCAUGUUACUUGCUUAUGUAAAUAAAACCUAUUGGCCUCCAA